AUGAAGACCAUCGCUCCUUCCUCAUUCGCAUUCAUGGUUCUUGCUGUGGCUAAUCUCACCGAUGGAGCUACUAUCAGUGGGACAACCAUUGUCACUAAAGUCAUGACUUAUACGAAUUACGAAGAGUAUUCUUACAGCAUGUUGGCUGCAGUUAACAAGCAACGCGCUACUGAAGGUCUAUCACCUUUAUGUUUAAACAAUAAGUUACACAUGUCUGCUCAGAGCCAUUCCGAUGAUAUGGCUGCUCAUGAUUACAUGGGCCAUGUAGGUUCAGAUGGUUCUACCAUGUCAGACCGUAUUACGCAAACCACAUACGAGUGGGAAGCUGUGGCCGAGAAUGUGGCUGCUGGUCAAGUGGAUGUGGAUGAAGUGAUGAUUGCGUGGAUCAAUUCUCCCGAACAUCUGGUAAACAUCAUGGGGAAUUACACCAUGUUUGCUUCUGCGUACUCAUUUAACAAAGACGGAGUGUACGGAGAUUAUUGGACUCAAAACUUUGGAUUGAGUGAAACUGAGUCGUGUGAUGAAAUUGAGACACCAGCGGUACCUCAGAUUACCCCCACGGUGGAGCAAGUGACUCCAAUGGUGGAGCAAGUGACUCCAACAGUAGAGGACGUGACUCCAACGGUGGAGCAAGUGACCCCAACAGUAGAGCAAGUGACUCCAAUGGUGGAGCAAGUGACUCCAAUUGUGGAGCAAGUGACCCCAACGGUGGAGCAAUUGACUCCAAUGGAGGAGCAAACUAAGCCGGCUCCAGAGGUUCUUCCAACGGCGGAACAAGUUAACCCAACGGUUCCAGAAAAUCUUAUAGCAGUGGAGCAAGUGACUCCAAUUGAGGAGCAAGUGACCCCAACGGUGGAGCAAUUGACUCCAAUGGUGGAGCAAGCUAAUCCGGCUCCAGAGGUUCUUCCAACGGCGGAACAACUUAAUCCAACGGUUCCAGAAAAUCUUCUAGCCGUGGAGCAGGUUCUUCCCCCGGUUUCAGAGAUUCUUCCGUAUUUAGAACAGGCCACCACAACGGUGCCAGACUUCACUCAAGAAGUGGAGCAAGCUAUUUCAACGAAUCCAGAGGAUCUUCCAGCAGUGGAGCAGGUCAUCCCUCCGGUUCCGGAUGUUCUUCCAGCGGUGGAGCAGGUCACCCCAACGGCUCCAGAGAUUCUUCCAGCAGUGGAGCAGACAACCCCAACGGUUCCAGAUGUAACUUCAACGAUGAAGCAGGUGCAGAGUGACUGUGAUUCGACCUUUUCUGUCACAAAUGCCCCUGCUUAUGAAGCGCUCACUCCACCGGCUCCAGUCAAUCCAAAGGAGGAUGGCUGUGAUUAG